GUUUGGGGGGAGGGAUCCACCUGUAAUCCAUCUUAGGUGGAGAUGCCCCGUGGAACAGUUUUGACAAGGUAUUCUGCUCGGAUGUCUUUCGUCCUCGUCAGCAAGCAAGGGCAUCAAGUGGCACGCGGCGAUAGGUAUCCCGUAGACUGGAGCUCUAUAGUCGGUCAGUCGGCUGAGACUGCGCUGGGAGACAAGACGGGUGCAUGCAAUGGCGGCCCAGGACAGCAACACCAACAAGAACGUGGUGGUGAUGGCGAUGGACGGCAGCGACACGGCCAGUAGGGCAUUCGAGUGGUACAGACAACAUCUUCAUCGGCAGGGCAAUUACAUCGUUUUCGUCCAUUGCCCGGAGCUGCAUCUCAACGUGCACGUGUUGCCCCCCUACAGCGACCUGACGCAGCUGGAGAAGGAGGUGCAGCUGGCCAGCAAGCGCGCUGACGAGAUGGUCUUUGACCUGACCCAGAUGCUGCACUCAUACAAGAUGACUGGUGAGGUGAAGGUGUUGCUGGGCAAGAAGCCGGAGGAGGGCAUCCUGGAGGCUGCGCGGGACGUGGAGGCGGAUGUCAUCGUCAUGGGCAGUCGCGGCUUCGGGACUUUGCGGCGAACCGUGCUGGGCAGCGUGUCCAAUUACGUGCUGCACCACUCGGACGUACCCGUCGUCGUGUGCAGCGCCAAGCACAACGUCUAGUGCACCCGCCGCCACCCGCAUCUCACCUCACUUUUGUCAGGAGAAAGUUAUCUGCCCAUGGAACAAAUUGUGGUCACAGGACGCUUCAGCAUCAACAUUUCAAACUGUUGUUUAUUGUAAAGUUGGUUGGUAUGUAACGAAUCUGGAACAUUCUCAUUCUUUCCACAACUGUUGUCACUAAAUAUUAACUAAUCCCUGAUAUUAACGUUGGUUAUCGGUUGGACCAAUUCAUGACCAUUUUGGAAAUAUCAAUAGAGGAUGUCGCUGGUAAAUGUCUGGUAAAUCAGAAAUACCAGAUUUGGCAAAGCAUCACUUUACAAACG